AUGGCGACCUCCCGCGCAAAACCUCCCUCACCACCGGUCUACCCCCAGGGAGACGACAGCAUCCACAACCACUUCUACCAGAUCCAAGCGGAUGACCAGCGUCCCAUUGCAUGGUACCGCCGCAGGCGCUGCUUCUACAUCUCCGUCGCCCUCGCCGUUCUGCUCCUCAUCGCCAUUAGCGCCGGCGUCGCCUCCGUGAUCAUCAUAUCUGGGCAUAAAUCCAGCCACCAGCAUGACCAGGACGCGAGCGCGCCCCCGCUGGUGCUGACGACAAGCUCUAGCUCAUUAGAGACGCCCAGCUCGUCUUCAACGACAUCAACAACAGAACCACCUUCUACGAUGAUCGUGUCUUCGAUCGUCACCGUCACAUUCACGAAAUCGGAAGAGUCGAAGGCGGUGGAGACAACAGUGAUUACGCUGACGGCUACGCAGACAGAGUCCGAUCAGGACAUUGGCAAGAUGCUAUCCUCGAUGCUCUCGCCGUUUCCCAUUUUCACAACCGAGGUGGUGACCGUCACCGCAGAUGAGUCAACCACCUCCGUAUCAUCAAGCUCAGAAACAUCCUCCAAAACGACCUCAAGCACAUCCACUUCCUCAUCCUCUACCCAAACAUCUUCGUCAUCCUCCAGUCCCAGCCCCAGCCUGUUGCCUCACUCCCUCUCUAAUAUCUCUAAUCUUGCAGCGGUGGAUGUAAACAUAGGCCCAUCCAACCUCCACCGAAGACUCAUUGUCUGGCAGGAUCAGGACGCAAAUAUCAUUGCACGUGACUCAGCCAACGGCAAGUCAAAAGUGUACCGCAUCAAUGAUAAGCUUGCCGAGAAGGGAGCCAAAGCCAAGUCCGGCACCCACCUCACCGCCGCCGCUGAUGGUAGCGGCGCCAUCCACGUCUUCUAUAUUACGAGCGAUGGGGAUGGAGACGGGGACGAAACAACCUCAGUAUCCCAUCUCGUGCAGCGGCAAGCAGGUGAGUGGGAGUCAAAGGGGAAGCAAGUCGAUGUGACCGGGGACUCAUCCCUGUCCGCCACAUGGCAUCAGAGCGGGAGUGGAACACAGGCUGUCGUGCUUGGAUUCCAAAGCCCCAAGAAUAAAAUAUGUAUGCUCCUUCUAGGAGAUGGAUAUGCGGAUGGCGACUCGGAUGAAGAGACCAUCGACGUAACAGGACUCUUGAAUCUUGAUACCGACGGAUGGAGCGCUAUCGGGCUAUCGAUAGCGAGUGGUAUCCCUCUAGGCAGCACUAGCAAUCGAAACAAGACCGACGUCGUGGGACUGUAUGUCUUAAUGGAGGGCGAGGAUGAAGCACUUGUCGCAGAAUGCUCGAUCAUUGACUCGUCCAAGAGCGGUAAUACCCAAAGCGAGUGCCGAUGGUUGGAUGGUGUUUUUACGAACGCGGCUGGCGAGCCGAUACAGAUCUCCUCUCACCCAACCCAGCUUGCUUGGACGCUGGUUCAUCCCAGUACUGAUAUUCCACCCACUAUCCGUGGGUUUCUCACUCUCGGUGCAAGAGGGUCUAGGAUCGAUGAUCAUCGCCUUGUCGAAGAAUAUGAUGAGUCGAAGCGGUCUGAGGCGGGAACCACGACUUCGGCGACAGAAGCACGCAGUACAAUGGUGUCGUACAAGGUAGAAGAGGCCGAGAUCGAGGCCAUGGCCAUGGCGGACGAGAGGACGCUUCUUGUGCGGGCUGGCACUCGGUUGUUUGAGUUUUCGUUUGUGGAUGGAGAGUGGCAGGAUAGACGUGAGAUCGAGACGGUGUUGUCCGCGGAGGACUAG